AUGAGUAAUUCAAGCGGAGAAGAAAAUGAAGUGAUAUAGGUCGAGGUUGAAAGUGAUGAGGAGUAAAAAAUACAAUAAGAGGAGGAAAGAAUAAAGAAAUUGGAAUAAGAUAAGAAAACAUUCAUGAGUUCAAUUAAAUAGACAACCAAGUUGAAUGCAAAUAUCAAAUUUGAUAACAUUGAGUCGAAGAUAAAUACUUUACUUGAAAAUGCAGAGAAGUAUGCCAUGUUCCUAUUGCAUCGUCACAAGCGUACCUAAGAGUCCAAAUAGAAGGCCUUAACAUAACAGAGAGGGAAGCAUAGACAAGUGAUCGAUGAUGCAAGUGAAGAGGAAGAUCUUGAUGAUGCACCAACAGUACUAGAUAAACAACCAACCAUUUUGAGAGGAGGAUAAUUGAAGCAAUAUCAAAUGACAGGUGUUAAUUGGAUGAUUUCAUUAUUUGAAGAAGGAAUCAAUGGUAUUUUGGCGGAUGAAAUGGGUUUGGGCAAAACAAUAUAAACUAUAGGAUUCAUAGCAUUUCUAAAAGAAUAUACAAAGAUCAGUGGACCACAUCUAAUUGUGGCUCCCAAAUCCACUCUAGGCAAUUGGAUGAGAGAAUUCAAGAAAUGGUUGCCCUGUGCAAGAGUAGUCAAGUUAAUUGCUGUCAAAGAAGAAAGAGAGGAUAUAAUCAACAAGUUUUUUCAACCUGGCAAAUUCGAUGUUUGUUUAACAAGUUAUGAAGGAGUCAACAUCUGUUUAAAACAUAUCAGAAGAUUUUCAUACAAAUACAUCAUAAUUGACGAAGCUCAUAAAAUUAAAAAUGAAGAUGCCAUAAUUAGUUAAAAUCUGCGUAAAAUCAGAACCAAUUAUAAAUUGUUAUUGACUGGUACUCCACUAUAGAACACACCCCAUGAAUUAUGGAGUUUGUUAAAUUAUCUCUUGCCAGACUUAUUUGAUUCCUCUGAAGUCUUUGAUAAAUGGUUUGAAGUCAACACUGAAGCCAAAUUGAAGGAAGGAAAUGAAAUUAUCAAGUAAGAGGAAUUGGAUCAAAGAAAUCUUGAGAUGUGUUAAAAAUUUCAAAAAAUCUUAAGACCCUUCAUGUUAAGAAGAACCAAAGCAGAAGUUGAAAGAAUCUUGCCUCCAAAAUAAGAAAUCCACCUUUUCAUCAAAAUGACAAAUCUCUAAAAAUAAAUGUAUUAGAACAUUCUUUUACACAACAAUCCCCAUGAAGGCGAUGACAAAGGCUUUUACAUGAAUAAACUAAUGUAACUACGUAAAAUCUGUCUUCAUCCUUAUUUGUUCCCUGAAGUUGAGGAUAAAUCCUUACCUCCUUUGGGGGAACACUUAGUUGAAGUGGCUGGUAAAAUGAGAGUGCUGGAUAUCUUUUUAAAGAAACUAAGUGAUGGCACACAUCAGGUCUUAAUAUUCUCAUAAUUUACAAUGAUGCUCAAUAUUCUUGAAGAUUAUUGUAAUUACAGGAAAUAUGACUAUUGUAGAAUAGACGGAGAAACAGAGAUCCAAUAAAGAGAUGAUCAAAUUGCUGAAUUCACUAAACCUGACAGUAAAAAGUUCAUUUUCCUUCUUUCUACUAGAGCUGGUGGUCUAGGAAUCAACUUAGCUACUGCAGACACUGUUAUUAUUUAUGAUUCUGAUUUCAAUCCAUAAAUGGACAUGUAAGCUAUGGAUAGAGCACACAGAAUAGGAUAAAAGAAUAGAGUGAUGGUUUAUAGAAUGGCAUGUGAACAUACUAUUGAAGAGAAAAUCAUAGAGAGAUAACAAAUUAAGUUACGUUGGGAUUCCCUGAUGAUCUAACAAGGUCGUUUGUCUUAGAAGCAAAGUGGAAAAUUGCUAUCAAAAGAAGAUCUUAAAGAGUUAACUGCUCAUGGAGCCUCUCAGAUUUUCAAAUUGGAUGGAGAUGAUAUCAAAGAUGAAGACAUUGAUAUCCUUUUAAAAAGAGGUGAACAAUUAACGCAAUAGAUGAAUGAGAGAAUUGAAAAGAAGUUUGAGAGUUUCAAAGAUAAAAUGUAAUCUCUUGAUCUAGGUUUGGGAUAAAUUAAUAUUUUCGAAUAUUUUAAUGAAGAAAAACAGAAUAAAAUGGAUGAGGAUGCUCUUGAAGAUGCCUUAGCUAGUCAUCUCUUUAAUGAAAAUAAAACUAGAAAUAGAGACAAAAGAGCUAUGAUGCUUGGAGCCAAUUCUAAGAAAAUAUAAGGAAAAUAAAUCAAAUUGUAAGAGCAUCAUUUAUAUGAGAAUAAAGAUAGAUUAUAAUCUCUAUUGCAAAAAGAAGAAGAUUUUCUAGCUUAAUAGAAGACUCAAAAGAAAGGGAUGGACAGUGAAGAAAAUGUGGAUUGUGGAGGACUCACAUAGGAAGAGAGACAAGAAUAGAAAUAAUUACUUGAAACUGGAUUUAAGAAUUGGAAUAAACAAGAGUUUUCUGAUUUCAUAACUGCCAAUGAGAAGUAUGGCAAGGAUGCUUAUGAAAAGAUUUAAGAAUUUAUUAAAACAAAAACUGUAGAUGAAGUAAAAACUUAUGCCUAAGCCUUUUGGGAAAGAAUAGAUGGUUUGAGUGAAAAAGAUAAAAUUGUUAAAUAGAUCGAAAGGGGAUAAAAAUUGAUCGAAUAGAAAACUAAUGGUUAAAAAUUAAUUGAAGAAAAGUGCAAGCAUUUUCAUUAACCAAAAUAUGAACUUGUAUUUACUCCACAACUCUAUAAUAAAUUCAAAAGCAAGUACUUUAGUUUAGAAAAUGAUAAAUAUCUUAUAUAUAUGACCAAUGAGGUUGGUUAUGGAAAUUGGACCUUACUCAAACAAUCCAUAAGAAAAGAACCUAUGUUCAGAUUUGAUCAUGCAUUCAAAUGCAAGAGUGAAAACGAACUAAAAAAUAGAGUUAUUUCCUUAGUUAAAGUACUCGAUAAAGAAAAAGAAAAUAAUUCUAUGGGUCGUUCUCCUGUCAAAAACACAUAUGUGGAAAAACCUAAAGUGUAAUAAUAGGACUCAUAAAAAAAGAAAAUGAAAAAUGAAGAAGAUGAAAUUCAAGAUGGUUCAGAGUCUGUGAAAAAAGUUAAAUUGUGA